AUGUCUUCAUCCUAUUCAAUCAAUUCUCAAUCUUCUUCUGGAAUAGGACGUGUAUUCUGUCAUUUGACAGAGGUAUGGGGUAUGAAUCUAGGGACGAGGUCCUGCGAACCAGGCAAGAGCCCUACCCUAUCAUCUAGACCGUCUACACUACAUUUCUGCCCACUCUGCGAUAAACCAUUCAUCAAAGAGUCCUCACGAAAUCGACAUCGCCGCUAUUGUGGAAGUCGUACGUCAAGCCGACCGCGAUCUUGCAGGGCUUGCAACACUUCAAAGGUCAAAUGUAGCUUCGAGAAACCGUGUCUGAGAUGUACGAAAAGAGGUGUGCCUUGCGUUUAUGAUGAAUCAGCAUCAACGCGCAACCCGAGGUCGUCGUCGCCCGUGGACGAACGUAUAGAUCAACCCAAAGUCUACAGCCCCACGACGUCACCAAGUGUCGGCGGAACAUUCUCGGGCAGUGAUCCGACCAUGUACACCGAACCGACCGACUCUGAGCACAGCACGACCGGCCUCGAGCCCUGGACGACUACAGCCAACGUCGACAACAGCGACGGUUUUGUCCAAUUAGUCAACUCAGAGCCAUACUUGUUUCAAGACGCAUUCAGUACCUUUGACGGCUCAUCACUCUUCGACGACUUGAUAUGGGACCAUCCCGGUUGCUCGAAAACCGCGCCUACGGCGGCGAAAGGCGGGAUCGUCCCUGUGGAGCAAGCGUCUGGCUGGUGCACAUGGACACAACGAGGCCUUUCGUUUGCCGUCGACACCGACACUCCUCUGGCGAGGACCGUUUCUGGUCACGCGCGACCAGAAGCUCACCGGAGUGCCGACCUCGUCAUCCAAGCGUUGCGCGCGUUUCCUGUCAUGAUGCGUCGGAGAGAGACACUCCCUUGGUUUAUUCACCCUCACUCCAAUGUCCUGGCGACAAAAUCAACACCACCAUCGGAUCUACCUGAUGCUCUAUCAACUUGCAUGGGUAUCGCACAGAUGUUGGCUUCCAGCACGCCAGACACAAAACCUUUUCUCUGGCGGACCAUCGGGGCGGAAUGUAAUCGUCUUGCAAAUGAGAUGCCUCGGAUGUCUCCAUUCGACAAUCUCGCGGCACAACAAGCUUGCAUGGUAUAUUUAAUCAUGUGUAUCGUGGAUCACUCACCGAUCAAUGCCGGGUACGGUCAAGAAAUCACACACAUACUAUUUAAUUUUUGCGUCACCUUCAAAGGCAUGUUUGGUGGACACGGGAGUGAAAGUGAAUUGACGAACCCAAGUCUAUGUUGGGAAGAUUGGAUCUUUGCAGAAUCCCGGAGACGAAUGACGAUCCUGUGGCUACUCAUUGGAUGUGCCGCCUGUGUGAAAACUGGUGGUGUCUGCGACUCUUCAGGGAGUACAAGAAGCAUGGCACUCCCCGGACCAAAACCAGUGUGGGAAGCAACCUCCCAAACAACGUGGGAGACGGAAUACGCCGCCAGUCGAAUGCUUCAAAUGGACGGACUAGUCACGGUCGGUGAUCUCGUCGACACGCAACAUUCGGCCCGCGACGAUUCUGUAAGUGCGAGAAAACUGGACUGCUGGAACGCAGGAAUCGACAAUGCCGGAUCAUUGGUGAAUCUGAUUGGAAGUAUGGUAUGACAACCGAUGAUACGACCCUGAAAAUUUCCAAACCUCAACGACCUUUGAUCGACCGCGCCGUCGCCUAGAUUUCACCAAUUUUUUCUUCCAAAAGAAAAAGAAAAAAAAAAGAAUUUCUACCAUGCAAUGGGACCGUGGAUGUUGGUGAAAGUACCCGUCGGUCCCCCUUCCUCGGCGGUGGCCAACUCGACGAUCCUCCUGGCCCCCACCUCGGGGGUCUCCCCCAUGGUGUACCUGGUCAGGGCGGAACGGACCAGACCCGGACACACGGCGUUGACCGAGGCCCCGACGUCCUCCAAGAUCCUGGAGUACUGGACGGCCAGCAUGUCGACCCCGGCCUUGCUGGUGUCGUAGGCCUUGUAGUCGAGCGGGUACCAGGGGUUGGUCUUGACGCCGGCCUCCUGGAUGGACCCCAUGAUGGAAGAGACGAAGACGACACGCGGGUGGUGUCGGGCCGCCGCCGCUUUUCGCAACAGUGGCACGCACGCGUCGGUCAGACAGGCCGUGCCGACGACGUUGACCGACACGGUCCGGGUGAAGAUUUCUCUCGUCGUGAGGCCCUUGGUCGACUCGUUGACCCCGGGCACGUAGUCGAUCAAGAUACCCGCGUUGUUGACGAGGACGUCGAGGAGACCAAAAUCCUUUUCGAUCUUGUCGACCGCGGCGGCGAUGGAUGCGUCGGAAGUGACGUCCAGUUGGACGGCCUCGGCAGAGUGUCCUUGGGAGGUGAUGGAUUUGGCCACUUUUUCUCCCGCCUCCAGAUUCCGAGAACCGACGAGGACGUGGAAACCAUGGUCUCGAGCCAGGAUCCUGGCGGUCGCUUCACCAAUCUGUUUUUUGAAGAGGGCAAAAGUGGGUCAGUCAGAUCGAUCAAUCAAUCUCACGAGCAGGCGGUACUUGAGACUACUUACGCCAGUGUUUGCUCCCGAAAUCAAGGCGAUUGUUUUUUGGGUCGUAGACAUGCUGGGGUUUGUAUUUCGUGACUUUUUAUGAUAGAACUUGUAAUGGUCUUGAAGGGUGUUUAAUUCCUGAGAUGCUCAAACCUCGAAGAAUUUAUAAACAUAUCUGCAUGUGUGUGUGUGUAUAUAUAUACAUACCCAAGCUCAGUACGGAGCAUUCGUGGAUGACAAUUUGGCCGAAAGAUGUCUUUCGACCGCCAUCCUUUCGCGACUAUGGGUUUACAAGCAAUUCGGCACAUUUGGCCGAUUAUCUCAAGUCAAAACGUCUAUCU